GGCCGGGGUGAGCGGAACCGGGCCCGGCCGGCGGGUGCAGCCAUGUCCUUCUGCUCCUUCCUGGGGGGAGAGGUCUUCAAAGACCACUUCCAGCCGGGCAUCUACGUCUGUGCCCAGUGUGGCCAUGAGCUCUUCUCCAGCCGUGCCAAGUACGAGCACUCGUCCCCGUGGCCAGCGUUCACCCAGCCCCUCCUGGAGGACAGCGUGGCCAAGCGGGAGGAACGCCCGGGGGCUUUAAAGGUGUCUUGUGGCAAGUGUGGCAACGGGCUGGGCCACGAGUUCCUCAAUGAUGGCCCCCAGAGGGGACAGUCCCGCUUCUGAAUAUUCAGCAGCUCGCUGAAGUUCAUCCCCAAAGGCAAAGCAGACAAGAAGCUGAAGGAGAAGUAAGCAAGAUGCUCUGCUCAGCACCUUCCUCUUGGGCUGAUCCUGCAUUCACACCUUGGGGUGUCCACUCUGGGGGGCACCGGGAGCCCAAGAAACCCCAAAGAGGCUCCUGGUGCCCCCAACUCCUUCCCUCCUGGGGCUGCUCCCAUCUGGGGUGCCAGGAGGAGCAAUGGGGGGGGAGUAGGGGGAAAUGGGGUUGCUGGGGGGUGUGCCCAGGGGGUGUUCCACAGGAAUUAGGGGGGUGCAAAGGCUGCAGCUCUCCAUUUUACCCACCCUACCCCCUCCCCAGCCCUGGCAUCCUCCCUGGCACCCUCCCCUCUGCCUGGAGCAGCUACUACCAGUAGUAGCUACUACCAAUAGCUACUACCAAGCCUCUGCUCAGCUCUGGGAUGGUUUUGGGGUUGAAGCAGCCAAGCUGGGACACCAGCAGCCAGGAGGGAUGGAUUCCCCCAUGGCACUGAUGCAAUCCAGAGUGGCUCCGUUGGCGUUUCCAAGGAGUGACCCUGGAUUAGCUGGGCUCAGAGCCCGGGUUAAUCUCUGGUGCUAUUCUGGGCUGGGAUCAUGGGAUGAAUUGCCCUAUAUAAACCCUUUCCAGGAUGCUAGGGCAAGGAUGGUUUUAGGAUCCCACUGGACAGCAUCCAGGUGUUUUCCCCCUCUGCCCAGUUUCCACAGAGCUGUUCUGGAUCCCCCCCCUCUCCUCUGGGCUCCCUUCUGCCUUACACCACAUCCAUCACUGUGCUCCAAACCCCCCAGGCACUGGGAGUUCCCUCCCUGCUGGGGGCCAAAGUUGGGCUCUGGGGCUGCACUUUGCACAACUCAGGCUUUAGGAAACCAAGUGAUUUCUUUUCCCUCUGCCCUGGGAAGGGCUGGCACUCUGAUUGCUCCUUAAUUCACCACCUGAUUCGUGGCCUUUUUGCACCCCCACCCCCAUCCAAAUCCUCUUGGCAAUCAACAAACAAAGAUUUCUGAUGACAGCCACACCCUGGGGCUGGUGCAGCACCUUGGGGUGGGGAAACUCAGGAGAAAUCUCAGAGGUUUUUCUCUGCAUCCAUUUUCCUUCAAUCCCCCCACCCCCUUAUCAAGGACACUGAUAAGAAGUGCAAGGUGCCACCCUCUUACACUGCCAGUCCUGGGCCCCUUUCAACACCACAAAUAAAGCACUGAUUCACUGUGCUGCAGAAAUAA